UACGGCGCCACAUCCGUAUCAACGCCAAGCGACUGUGACUGCAACAUUCACCACUCCUGCAGCAUAUUGAGCAAUUUGUGCUAUAUUUUCUAUUAAGAAGAAAACAAAAAGAAGAAAUAACCAAGAUGGAUCCAGCUCCAAUUGACAUGAUCAACCGUGACCCAAACAGCAUCAAUUCUCACGUUCAAGUUGGAUUUGAAGAUGUGUUGGCCGAGCCCGAUGGUGUCCACAGUCCAGAAUGUGUGUGGAAGCUGGCCAACAAAUGUUUCACUUGUUCAAGAGACAUCGCCUACACUCUAUUCGCACUCUGCUACGGGGUACCUUACGCUUUCUUCUGGGGCUGCGAGUUCGCCUACCUUUCGUUCGCUCAUAUCUGGAUCAUCACUCCUGCCAUCAGUAUGUACAUGGUGUGGCUGAAAUCUAUCAAGAUCAUCUAUGGAGCAUGCGUGAGGACCUGCUGCGACCCGUGCUUCGAGUCGUGUGGAAGAUGCCUGAGUGACAUAAGAGUUACGAAAGCCUGAAAGUCACUUAAGUAAAUAUAAUUCACUCUCUGGCUACAGACCUAGAGUUGGCCGCUGUUUGUUCAUUAGCAGAAGACAUAAGAAAAACUCUUUAAAAAACGGACUAUAUGUAUAUAAUAAUGGUAAAAUUAUAAAUUUUAAGAAUUAGACAAGGUUAGUUUGCUGUUGAUAUUAUUAAUGAUUUUGUACCUUGUUAAAAAUUGGCGGAAUUGAAACUUGCAUCUUUGAAACCAGUUGGUUGUUUGGAUUUAUUUAAAUACUUACAGUUUGGUGUAAGUAUUUAUUUAAAUACUUACACCAAACUGUAAAUUGUCAAAGCUAGAAUUGAAGACAAAACAAAUCUUCUGAUUCAACCUUUAAAAUGACAAUAUGUAAAUGUAUCAAGUAUUUAAUUCAGUACCGGUAAUACUUUUUUUUAAUUAAGAAAAAAAUGUCGCAAUACAACUAAUGCAAAUGAACAAUUAGUUAAUGAUUAAAUAUUAUAAGACGAUGAUUAGCGAUUUCACCGUCCAGUAAAUUAUGAUACGACACUCCAGUUUAAGUCAGUUUGUUAUCGGGCUUACACAAAUGAUAGAAACAAGCUUAAUACCAUGCAAAUGAAUUGAGUAUAUUUGUACGAAAUAAAGAUUUGUUUAAUAUUAUA